UUAGUCCAUUUGGGAGCACAACUGCUGCAAUGGAAUUCCAAAUGAUUUAAGAUGUUUAGUUGCAUGAGUCUUGCUGAAAUGGGUGUUUCUGAUUAGGGUGAUGCUAUUUAUCGUGUGUCUGUUUAUUUGCUUCUCUUCAGACUCGUGCUAACUGUUUGAUCUGGAUCGGAUGAUGCUCCUCUCUUCUUCUUCCUUCGAUCCGGAUCAGAUGACACUCCUCUCUUCUUCCUUUGAUCGUUGGCUCCUGUUCAUCUUCUUCCUUCUAUUAGCAAUGUCGUGCUCCUUCGCCUUGCCAUUCACCACCGUCUCCUCGCUACCAGAUUCGCACCCGCAGCCCGCCGCUAUGCUAGCCCGGUGAGCCAUGACGCCCCCACCCCAAUACCACCCAUCCGACUAUCACUCACCUCCUGUGGUCGACUGUGUGUCGCCCCGCCCCUGCGCCCACCACCACUGCCUGGGCGGGGCAGCCCGGUGACCAUGAAAUCCCCGCUUGUAAACUAAUCCACUCUGCCAAACCUCACCCGUAUCUAAUCCCCUCCACUAAUCAACGUCGACUACAAGACAUAUGAGCUUGAGGCGUGUUCCGAUUAAAAUGGGUAUCUUAACCCAUGUUUUUUUUAGGAAAUCUUUAACCCAUCUAACUCUCAUCAGUGUUUCGUGGGCCCUCUGAACCAACCCUUAACGCCGAACAAAACGCGGGCCUAGUCAUUCCUCGCCAUCAUUUUGACCCAGGUAAGAAGAGGCCCAGCAAGGCCGGCCCAGUCCCGGUCUCCUCCUCUCCCAGUCGUUUCCAACCCGCACCUCUCGCCUCGUCCUCACGACAUUAUCACCCGAUGCUGCCGCCGCCGCAUCUCACUCACCUUGCGCCACUCCGCGCCAACCCCAACUCCGGCGCGCACCUCCGCCUCCUCCUCCCACCCCGUCCUUCCUCCCCUCCGCCUCUCCUCUCCCGAACCCCCCGACCCCGAUGGCUUCCGCCGCUUCGCGCCCACGCGUCCGGCGAGCCAACGCGCGGCGGCGGCGGACUCGACGCGCUCCUCUCGGCUGCGGAGCUCCUCUGUCUCGCGCCGCCGGCCAUCUGCUCGGUGGUCUGCGCCGCCCGCCUCGUCUUCACGCCUGGUGGCGCCAGCGCCGGGCCGCCGCCUCUAGCGGGCGGGAGGCUGUUGGUAGUGCAGUACGUGCUCUUGGUGGGCGCGGUGGCGAUCGGGAGCCUGAUGCGGCGGAGGCAGUGGGGGCGGCUUCGCCGGGUGCGUGGCGCCACUGCCGAGGCGGUGGGUGUGGGAUUGGUGGGGAGGGUCGAGAAGGUGGAGGAGAGCGCGAGGGGCUUGGUGGCGGCCGUCGGGGUGCUGUCGAGGACCGUCGAGAAGCUUGGCCUCAGGUUUAGGGUGUUGCGGAGGACACUGAGGGACCCUAUCAGUGAGACUGCCACUUUAGCCCAAAAGAAUUCUGAAGCCACUCGAAUUCUAGCUGCACAAGAAGACCUUCUUGAAAAGGAAAUUGGUGCAAUUCAGAAGGUGCUAUAUGCAAUGCAGGAACAACAGCAAAGGCAACUUGAGCUAAUCCUCGCAAUUGGAGAAGCAAGCAAGAUACUAGAUGGUGAACAGGAUUUGUUAGAGGACACGGCUAGAUCUUCCAGCACAAUUCCAGCUCCAGAGACGGAGACCAAACAAGCGAAAAUAAAGACUGACGUGGUUACAGGAGGCAAUAACAAACCCUGAUUUUAUCUUCCGAAAUGGAAACUAGAAGCAUCAAAGUCUCCAAGAAAUCGAGGGGUACCUUUGGUUUUGUUCCGUCCAAGAUUGAGAAGGAUGGAUGGUUGAGGUGCCACAGCUUGUCCGGAAAGCUGUUGGCAACGUUUUGAUGUACAUUUCGUAAACACAGGCGAAUAAAACUACACCUGAACAUGUGAUUUGUACCGGGCAAGAUGGUGCUUUUACAGGAUCCCCUCAGAGACAUCUUUUUGGUCAGCACGACUUCAUCCAUGGCUUGUACUAUAUACUAACUACGUUGGUCAUUCAGAUAUGAUUCAUAUGACACAUUCAGGCCCAGGACUGGCCACAUACGUCCACUGGGGUAUCAGUGGCUAUAAUCUGCCCAGUGUUACAAUUUCGUGUUGUGUAAAUGAGUAAUAAUUGCUAAUGCAGUCUUGUCCGUUUGCUUGUCUACCAUACGCCUGUACCAGAGUAACUAGAGGAGAGGCCCGUGCACUUGUGCGGUUAGUACAAGGACAUAAUUGUGUAUGUACAUUUGUAUCAUCCAGAUUUUAUCAUCAAUUUGUACUUUACCUUA